AUGACACCCAUGGCCUUUUGGCUGAUCCUCAGCUUGUGCAUGUACUCAUCUGAAGCGGUAUACAUGUCUAGUGAAAUUCCCACGGAAAAAAUAUUAACAAGUCAUACAGUUCUAAAGAGGGAUAUAAGUGCUGAUGAAGAGAACAAUCAUUACAUCAUGCAGGACAUCCUCAGCUUACCUGUGGAAAAUCGAAAGAACAAAAAGAAGAAAAUCAUUUAUGAUGACUUGUCAGAGCAACUAAAAAACCAAAUGAUAGACAAAAAAGAUGCCCGAAAAAUAAAAAAAUUGAAAUUACUUACCAAGUCGAAUGAAUUUCAAAAUUUGCAAAAAAAUUAUGACAAAAACAAAUCGAAUGUAAAAGUAUUACAUGAUAAUGUAAAGCAAAUUAUAAGUGUCGCACUUAACAUACCUUUAGAUGAAAUAAACUUACAUGACCUUAAUAGUCUACUCACCAAAUGGAAUAUCUUAAGCAGACAAAAGGUUACUCCAAACAAAGAGAAUAAUGAUGAAUAUUAUAGGAAAACCAUAAAAAGACAUUAUGUGGAUCCUACUUCUGUUACUAUGCCGUUAGAAAUGACAAAUUUAAAAGAGGACAAGCUGAAAAAACAAAGAAGAAGUUUUUUCAUAAAUCCGGAUUAUAUGUUCGAAUUGACAAUUUGA